UGUCAACAGGUUCCUUCGCCAAAGAACAUCCACCAUUUCCAAUCCAGCAUCCUUCACGAACUCAUCGCCUCCCUGUGUCAUUUUUAAUCUCUUGCUCAUCCUUGAACCGCCAGCAUGGGGUCCGAUCCGCAGUAUAUCAAGUACCCCGAUCUCGCCCUCGCCCAACAUGUCUUCAAUCUCUCCAACCCAGCAUGCCCCCAGACAGUGCGACAGACGUCAUUGAAGAAGCUACAAGAUGCCAUCACAGAGAAGAAAAUGGCUCCGUUUUACCGGCAUCUUGCUCAUCCCGUCGAAGGCAUCUUGAACCACUCUGGCGAGGGCGUUGCGCAACACCCAAGCAAGUCCUCAAUCACGUCGAACCUGCUCGCCUCGCGGAAGUCGUCUCACAAAGUAGAUUUCCCGUGGGAUGAAUCCUUGUAUCAGUCCCUGGUCGAAGAUAACCGGAAAGAGCUGGAGGGGUUCCAGAAAGAGGAGGAUGAGGCGGAAGAAGCUGCCGGAGAGACAGAGGUGCUCGCCGCUCGGGGAAAACGUGCCGAAUUCUGGGCACGGGUGGGAGAUAAGGACAAAGCUAUCGAGUCUCACGAAACCCUCCUUGAGAAAACGACAUUCCUCGGCACGAAGAUUGAUUUGAUGCUCGCUAUGAUCCGGAUCGGCCUCUUCUUUGGAGAUCCUUUGUCCGUCAAGAAGAACAUUGAGAGAGCCAAUACUCUCAUCGAGAGCGGCGGUGACUGGGAUCGUCGGAAUCGUUUGAAGGCAUACAAGGGUCUACACCUCCUCACCAUCCGAUCCUACAACGAAGCUGCGCCUCUUCUGCUUGACAGCUUAUCCACUUUCACGAGCUACGAACUCUGCAGUUACUCCGCCCUUGUUAUCUACUCAGUUCUGGCUGGCUCUCUUUCCUUGAAACGAGUCGACUUCAAGGCCAAGGUUGUGGACGCUCCCGAGAUCAAGGCUAUCCUUGGAUCUGGGGAGGAUCGGUUGGCUGCCCUGACCGGUGAGACAUCGGCUGGGCCUGGCGCCCAAGAUGAGGAGAUGAAGGAUGCCACAGUUUCGCGGAUCACACCGGGUACCGCGACGACCGCAGUCAACCUAACCGCCCUGGGCGGCGGCUCUGGCGUCCAAGCCGAGGCUGAAACUCCCGUCGACUUCACACCUCUGGCUCACCUGGUCGACAGUUUAUACACCGGCAACUACCGGUCAUUCUUCGUGUCCUUGGCGGCGGUGGAGGACAACUUCCUUACCCAGGAUCGCUACUUGUAUGAACACCGUGCCUGGUUUGUACGGGAGAUGAGAUUGCGUGCAUACCAGCAGCUGCUUCAGAGCUACCGCGUGGUGGGAUUGAACAGCAUGGCGAGCGACUUCGGUGUGACGGUAGACUUCUUAGAUCGGGAUCUUGCCAAGUUCAUCGCAAGCAACCGUAUCGCAUGUACCAUUGACCGGGUCAAUGGGAUCAUCGAAACGAACCGACCGGAUGACAAGAACAAACAGUAUGCCGAUGUGGUCAAGCACGGUGAUGCUCUGAUCACCAAGUUGCAGAAGUAUGGCCAGGCCGUGCGGUUGAGGGGAAGCGAACGCAGCUAGAUCGUUGUUGUGGCCCGAUUUGAAUGCCAAGUGGUUCAGGACUAUGUAGAUGAGAGGAUCCAGUGAUUUAUUUAUAUCAUCCAUUUCCCACCGAGUUGACCAUCCGACCAUGAUAGAACCAAAGCAAGCGAGGCUAGUGUAUCAUAAUGUUAAUGACGCAAAAGAACAU